AUGGAUCCCGAUAGACAUAAACAAGAGCAACAAAAACCAGUUCACCAACAACAAAGACGUUCAAUUGUUGAAGGCAUGGCACGUACAGCACCAACUUGUGCUGCUUUCGUCCAAGCAAUAAGUCUCUUUCGUGAAGUCAAUUCAACUAGUGAAACACCUUCAUUAACAGAAGAAAAUAUGGCAUCAACAAAAACUAUGCUAACUGAUACAGUUCGUAGUUCUUCAAUAAGAAGACCAUCAAGUCCACCAGGAAUAUUUGUUGAAAAACCACAAGCUAUUGCACGACGUGGUGCUUUACGACAAAAAAAUGUUUAUACAGUUAAAGAUCAUCAAUUUAUUCCAAGAUUUUUUAAAACACCAACAUUUUGUUCUCAUUGUCGAGAUUUUAUUUGGGGCUUUGGAAAACAAGGUUUUCAAUGUCAAAUUUGUUCUCUUGUGGUUCAUAAGCGUUGUCAUGAAUUUAUUUGUUUUACUUGUCCUGGUGUUGAUAAAGGAGCUGAUUCAGAUGCUCCAAAAAAUAAUCAUAAAUUUCAAACACAUACGUAUACUUCACCAACAUUCUGUGAUCAUUGUGGAUCUCUUUUAUAUGGUCUCAUACAUCAAGGUCUUAAAUGUCAAUGCUGUGAUAUGAAUGUUCAUGAAAAAUGUCGAAAAUUUGUACCAGAUUUAUGUGGGCUUGAUCAUACAGAACGUCGUGGUCGAAUACGUUUAAGUGUCAAAUAUGAACAUGAGAAUAAAUUAGUUAUUGAAAUAACUGAAGCUAGAAAUUUAAUUCCAAUGGAUCCAAACGGUUUAAGUGAUCCAUAUGUUAAAAUAAAAUUAAUUCCUACAACACCGGAUAUAACAAGAAAACAGUUACAAAGUAAAUAUAAAACAAAAACAGUACGUGCUACAUUAAAUCCACAAUGGCUUGAAAAAUUUACAAUUGAUUUAAAUGAUGAUGAUAAAGAUAAACGAUUAUUAAUUGCUGUUUGGGAUUGGGAUCGAACAUCGAGAAAUGAUUUUAUGGGUUCACUUUCUUUUGGUGUUUCGGAAUUAAUGAAAGAAUCAGUUCAAGGUUGGUUUAAAUUAUUAAGUCAAGAAGAAGGAGAUUUUUAUGCUGUACCCGUAUCUAGUGAAGAUAUAAGUAAAAUGAAACACUCUAUUGGAAGACAAAAAUCGGGUGUUCCACCACCUACACAAACAGGUGAUAUAGGAAUAGAUGGUUUCGAAAAACCAUUGGUACGUCAAAUAUCUCAUGCGGAAUCCAUUAAAGAAACAGAUUUUCAUUUUAUAAAAGUACUUGGUAAAGGAUCAUUUGGUAAAGUUGUAUUAGCUGAACGUAAAGGAUCACCAGAAGAAUUAUAUGCAAUAAAAAUAUUAAAAAAAGAUAUUGUUGUACAAGAUGAUGAUGUUGAAUGUGUUAUGAUUGAAAAACGUGUAUUAUUAUUACAAGAUAAACCAAGAUUUCUUGUUCAACUUCAUUCUUGUUUUCAAACAGAUGAUCGAUUAUUUUUUGUUAUGGAAUUUGCUAAUGGUGGUGAUCUUAUGUAUCGAAUACAACAUGAAGGAAAAUUCAAAGAACCAGUUGCUUGAGAUCUAAAACUCGAUAAUGUUCUUUUGGAUAAAGAAGGACAUAUCAAAAUAGCUGAUUUUGGAAUGUGUAAAGAAGGAAUAAUAAACGACGUUAGAACAUCAACUUUUUGUGGAACACCAGAUUAUAUUGCUCCUGAGAUUAUUUUAAAUCAAAAGUAUGGUAAAAGUGUUGAUUGGUGGGCAUAUGGCGUUUUACUUUUUGAAAUGCUUGCUGGACAACCACCAUUUGAUGGCGAAGAUGAAGAAGAACUUUUUACAACUAUUAAAGAUCGUAAUGUAUCUUAUCCAAAAUCAAUGUCAUUCGAAGCUGUGAAUAUUUGUAAAGGAUUAAUGACAAAAAAUCCUCAAAAACGUCUUGGUUGUCAUCCAUUAGAUGGUGAACGUGAAGUAAAAGAACAUUCAUUUUUUCGUCGUAUUGAUUGGCAAAAAAUUGAAGCACGUGAAGUUCAACCACCAUUUAAACCUAAAAUAAACAAUCCUCGUCAAGCGGAAAAUUUUGAUAAAUGUUUUACAAACAAUCCAUUUAAAAAGACAGAAUGUGAUAAACUUGUACUUGCUUCAAUUAGUGAUGAUACAUUUCAAAGUUUUUCAUGUUAUAAUCCACAUUUCAUCAGUGGUCUAAAAACAAAAUAA